GGCAGUAUUUCGAGCCACAAAGGCACUGUUUUUUGCCCAAAACGACAGCCUUCUUGUCCACCAGAUCCACACUGCUGCACCCGAAAUAACUGAAGCACAGCUCCGUACCGCUCUCAAUGUCCUUGCGUGCAAACAGGCACAGCCUCGGCACAAUCGAGUCAAUCCUGACGGGAAUCAUUGUUAGGUUGGGACUACAAGAGUGGUUAAUGAAAACGGGUAACGUUCCCCGCAUACGUGGCAUCGAUGGUUUGUAGUUAGCACUGGACCUUUACUCAAGUGCUCCUUGUACGUGACGAUAUAGCAGGGGUCACGUGGUGACAACUUUUCCAGCCUUCGUCUUUGCGUCGGAUCUGGAUAUUAUCUGGCCCACGUACUCACCCACGAACGUACCUCGUGCUAUGAAAUGAGUGCACCCCACUCCGUAGCCCUUGGACUUUGAAUCCGUCUCGAACACCCUCAGUGUUGUGAGCCGUUGGUUUUGAGUCACGCGGUUCGGACAUGUGGUGGCACAGCGGCACUUCGAGUUGCACUCGAACACCGGUUUAGACGCCGAGGCGAAGUAUUCCACCUUUAGACGGCCGUCCGAGUCGUAUGCCCACGAGCACAUGCAGCUACACUCGAGGCUGGAGCAGUUUACCUCGUCGCGACAGAUGCAGCCCUCGUAGAUGCCGACCGUCGUCCCGGUGUCCAGCCGAACUCCGCGACCCGGUAUGCACCGCUCGAUGUGCUGGUAGCCUCUUCCCUCGGGAUUUGCAGCAGCCAUGACUCUGUUGUUCACUGAAUCGAGUCUUUUUUGGCGUGUUCGGUCAAGUGUGAGUUUCGGGCAGAGCUCCUGCGCGUGCGUGCGCAAACGUAGCGCGCGAAAUUGGCGGGAAAGCGCGGGGCCGGCCGAGGGAGAGUGAACACAGUCAUGAAGCUUACGACUCCCCAGAUCGUGUGGCACAGCAAGGAGCCAGUUUUCAGCGCGGAUUUCCACCACUCCGGGGAGCUGUGGCGGCUGGCCACGGGUGGAGCCGACAAAGACAUAAAGAUAUGGAAAGUGGUGAGGGAGGAGGGAGGGAAGGUGAAGAUAGUGUUCAUGUCCAGUCUGUCCAGACACUCGGGAUCUGUCAACGUCGUCAGAUUCUCACCCAAUGGUGAGCUUCUUGCGUCAGCUGGAGAUGACAAUGUCGUGUGUCUGUGGAGAUUGGGAGAGGGGGGCGGGGCCAGCAGCAACAUUGCCACGGAUACGACACUCGUAAACAAGGAAACGUGGAACGUCACGAAAAUGUUGAGAGGCCAUGUCGAAGAUAUCUAUGAUGCUUGCUGGUCUGCCAGUUCCAGCUACCUAGUGACAGGAUCAGUUGACAACACUGCCAUCAUAUGGGACAUCAGCAAAGGACAGUCUCUCUGUACACUGGCCGACAGCAAGCAGUACGUCCAGGGAGUGGCCUGGGAUCCGAUUGGUCAGUACCUAGCAACCCUUAGCAACGACAGAUACCUGAGAGUGUAUGCAGUCGAGCAGAAGUUCAAAUGUGUCCAUUCAGUCAGCAAGAUGACUGUUCCAGAGAAUCAGGAAAAGGGGGGCGGGGCCGGGAGACAGUUCAGGAUGUGGAUUGACGAAUCUCUCUCAUUCUUCUUCCGUCGCUUGACCUUCUCCCCCGACGGAAAUCUUCUUGUUGUUCCAGCUGGGAGAUACGAGAACGGCGAAAAGACGACAAAUAUGACCUACAUUUUCACCAAAUCCAACCUUGCCAAGCCAGCGGUGUGUCUACCUUGUCCUGAAAAGGCGACGGUUGUCGUAAAAUUCUGUCCUAAACUGUUCAAACUGCGAGGAGACGCAUCAGAACAUCACAAGAGCCUGUUCAGUCUCCCAUACCGGAUGGUGUAUGCAGUGGCCAGUCUCGAUGCGGUACUCCUGUACGACACCCAGCAGACCACGCCCUUUGCUUACCUCUCUAACAUACACUACAGUGGAAUAACAGACCUGGCAUGGUCAGAAGAUGGUCUCGUUCUCGUCAUCACUUCCUCUGACGCCUAUUGCUCCAUCGUGACCUUUGAACCAACGGAGCUGGGUGUUGUCAUGGCAACAGAAGACCUCCCCCAGUCGAUGAAGAAAAGCAACGCCGUCUCGGAGACCAAAAAGAACGGAAUUACACUUUUGAAAAGUCCCGUUGAAAGCGGCACGAAAUCGGCCGGUAAUGGCGACGCCAUUGAAGAGGGAAAGGUGAACGAAACAGAAGCUUCGACAGAACCUGGCCGAGCUACAGAGAAUCUAGAGAUGUCAAGGCUUAUGGGGGUAACCGUGAGGGAGGGAGGAGGGAGGUGAAAGGCAAGAGAAAGAUCACAACCACACUAAUAGAGGCCUUUUCCUCUCCCGCCUCAACCUCGUCCGACGAGAAGCCCCUGACACAAUCAACCGAUAGCACCUCCAUCGCGACCGAAAAGACCCGACCACAGCCCGACAGUCGCUCGUCCUCGACAUCACCAGGGCAACCGGCCACGGUAGAAACAAGAUUGACAGGUCAAACCAGUUUUACCACAGCACGCCAGGCCGGUGGCGAAAAGGAAACCAGCAAGUCGCCAGAAAAGAAGCCCCGCAGAGUUCAGUUCCAGACUCUAUCCCAAAAUUCGAAUUUGAGUUCUGAAAAUGAAUCUCAAACAGAGACACCUCCACUUUUUAUACAGGAAGGGUCAAGUGACUUGAGACCAAAGUCAUGUGACCCAGGCUCUGCCCACUCGAGUGCUAGUAGCAACGAAACUGAACUUAUGGACGUCCAAACUGUUGAAUGAACUGAUGUUUUUAAUAUUAAUGAUUACAAGAUUUCAAAAUGAUACGAUAAUGAACCACCAUAGCGAGGAAUGU